GUAGUUUUUAUUUGUCUCAUAUUGUUGAAAGUGACAUUCCCAUGUCUUUUAUACAGUCACUACCCGCAGCCACGCUUGACAGCACAUCCAGGUCGGCAAACACACCUGCAGAGCUGGGCGGUGCCUGCUCUGGUUUAAAGGAGCUGACCAAUCAGAGCAAACUUGGUGCUUCCAGAGGGGACAUUAAAGAGACAGGUACUUAUACAGCACUCAGAUAGAUGGUGAAUAGAUGUGCAGCAGCAUUGGACCGUAUGAAAAAUAUAAUGUGUUUUUUGAACAUUAAAGCACGUAAAACCUUUUUUCCAGUAGAUACGCAAAAUAAGCAUAAAAUAGGAACUUUAAGUCAUAGGAGCUGCUCCACAGUCUGGUGGUACAGCAGCAGAUACUACACUGAUGUCACUGGUGCUCUGUAGAUGAUACCAGUGUUGUUCUGGAGAGUUUGAUCACCCACUGCAGAGCCUUCCUGUCCUGUCCUGUGCACGAACUAUGCCAGCACAUCACCUGUUGCUUCACUGUGAUCUUUGAGUCUUGCUGUACAGAUGUAAGGGCAAAGACUAUUUUCAUAUGUAUCUGCUGCAUAAUGCAGUAAACUAAGGGUUUGUCAGUCUUUUGGUCUGUCGUGCCAUUUAUAUAUGUUAAUGUAUAUGUAUAUAUGUAUUAGUUAGGGAUAUGGGCAUAAAUGUGUUACGUUAUUUAUAGGGAUUAAAAAUAUCCACAAAACACAAAAUAAAAAUUCACAUGUGUCACAGAAAUAAAAGUGUGUAUUUCAACAAGAUAAUCCAAUAACUAUCAAUAUUGUUUUCUUAAGGAAUCAUGGGUACAUUCAUUAAACCGACACAACAAAAUAUUAUUAUAUCUAUGUCUGAAUUGUUUAGACUUGACAGGCUGAACCAGGCAUCAUAAUCCCGCAGGUUGCUCUUGAAUGCAUCUUUUCUGACAGCAGGAUUAUCAGAUGUAGGUCACACAGCGAGGGUCGCACAGAAACAUAGAUUAAUUUUUCAAAUGAAUAUUUGCAUAUUCACAGAAGCUGUUUAAAAAAAAGGGAUAAAGCGUAAAUAUCGGCUAAUGUUAAUUUCUUUUAACAAGUAAUUGAACUGUUUUCACAGUAGGUUAUUGUUUUGUUUUGUUUUUUUCACGAGUCCUUGCAAAUCAUGCCAGGCAAUUUUAAAACGUUUGUGUCUUAACUGGUAUUGGGCUUUACUGGUGCAUUUUUUUUUUUUAAAUUAAAAGGUCAAUAAUUUAAUCAGUCUCAUUAAUUUCUGUAUCACAAGCCUGCUGACCAGACAACUGAUUUUAAAAAAGUGGCGUCACAAGGUGACCGGCGUAAAUUCUUCUCAGCAGGUGGGCUAGACUACUUUGUCCAUGAAGUGUGCCAGAGAGUUUUUCUUAGCUGGUCCUUGAAGGCAGCAUCACUGAUCCACGGGAGUCAAACGCACGGUGUGUCCCCAUCACCCUCACUCACAGCCGGGGGUCACCCGCCGCACGGCCAGUCGGGACCGCUGCGGGUAUAAAGAGACACUGAAAUUUUGUCCAACAGAUGGGUUAAGGUCAGUCAGCAGGAAAAAGUCCACGUGUCGGUCAGAUUAGAAUCAGGUCGACAGACCGUCCCGUUACCGGCGCGCAGUGUCGGUCUCAUUGAUUUGAAGGGGAAUGAGUGCUGACACAUCCACACAGUCAGCGAAGGCACCGGGCUCAGCCUCACGGCGCGAGGCCAGUUGAAGAGCGGACAGAGUGAUGCGUUUGUGGGACGGCGGCACUUUUGUGUUUCUCCUCCGAAAGUUCACAGCGGCGGCGGCAGCAGCAGCAGCAGCAGCAGUGUGGGGGCUGGACACCUCCACCACGUUUGGAUAAUAUGUCUCUGCUGAAACAGCGGGGGAGAGAGCUCGAGCGUUUCGACGGACUGUCGCUCAUUUACUGGACACUAAUGGGUCCAUACGGAGUAGACCGAGCUGUUCAUUCCAUGGAGUUUACAGACUGUGAGAAUGGCCUGGGAAUUAAAGUGAUUGGUGGUGUGAAGGAACUAACCGGAGAAGAGUUUGGAGUCUAUGUCAAACGGAUUUUACCAGGUGGCCUUGCAUCAAGUGACGGAAACUUGAUGCCCGGGGACCAGAUCUUGGAGGUGAACGGGGACAGUCUAGUUGGCGUUACAAGUGAAAGAGCUGUGGAUGUCUUGAGAGCAGCCUCAGCAACCAAUCACAUGCGCCUUCUCAUAGCCAGAGAUGAGGAAGCAAAAAAAGAAUUUGCUGAGCUGCUAGAGAAGUAUGGAUCUAACGGAAGCACAGGAUCAACACGCAACUCCCCCAUCCAGCAAGGAGGCCGUUACCUGGAAAGUACAUCAUCUGGUUCCUCGUCUCGCUCCCAGAGUCCUUUGUUGUUGAGCCCAGCAGGAUCUCAGAACAUGUACAACAGCAGUGGGCCCAUGCUGCGCUCCCUCAGUCAUCCAGGUGAAGGUGUGAUUCAGCUCAUUUCUGUGGCACGAUCCAGCAGUUUGGGUAUCACCAUCGGAGGUGGUUCCAACAAGCCUGACGGUCCUGCGGUCUUCAUCCAGGAGGUGCUGUCUGGCGGAGACUGUCACCGGGAUGGACGUCUGAGGCCCGGAGAUCAGCUCAUUGCCAUUAACAAGGAGUCGUUGAUAGGUGUGACCCACGAGGAGGCCAAGAGCAUGCUGAACAAAGUCAAAUUCAGUCAAGAGAGUGCAGUGGAGAUAGCCUUCAUCCCAGGCAAAGGACUUUUUCCAAGCAGCACUUCUCUGCACAAUGGGAUCCAGCGGGCUGCCAGUAACAACUACAACUCUGGACGUUUAAAAGUCCACAUCAGAUCACCUGAGAUAUGUGCUGAGGAGCCAGCCCCCGUGUCCUCAUCUUCUCCUGACAUCUGCCCACCAGACAUUCAUAUUUCAGGUACAACCAGCCAGAUGUCCCCAGUGGUGGCCAAACCUAAGAUCACACUGGACCCAUACAUACGCCUGAAAUCAGACAAGUUGGACUUGGCUUUGACCUUUCUCGGGCUGGACGUCACAGAAGAGAAGAGGAAGAAGUUGAGGCAGAGUCUGACCACUGACCCACAAGGCACAGUGGCAUAUGGAGACUUCGUGGAGGCCACCCGCAGCACCUUCCAGGAGAACCUGGAGGAGUUGGGUUUAGGGGCGGGUCCCUUCAUGUUUUCCUAUCACGAAGCAGCCAGUUUGAUGGACACAUCAGCCUUCCACUCUCCUACAUAUGAAUCAGAAUGCAGCUACAGCAGUGAAGAGAUGGAGCAGUUUCAGACGGAGGUGAAGCAGCUGCAAACCCAGAUGAAGCAGCUCAAGGUGAUGCUGAAGGACAUGGAGCACAGCAAGAAAACCCUGGAGGAGGAGCUGCAGAAGACCUCAGAGAAAGCAUGCCUGACUGUGGAGGAGAACAUCCGUCUGAAAAGUCGCCUGCAGGUGGCCGAGGCAGAGGCAGGGCAGCGGCAGGCCAGCAGUGCCGAGCAGGACUACGAGGAGGUGAUCCAGCUGCUGGAGGCUGAGAUCAGAGACCUGAAGAACCAGCUGGCCAGCAAGAGGCAAGCGCGAGGGGUCGAGGCUGCGAAGGACGAGGUGCAGGAGCUGAACAGGAGGCUGACGACCAUAGACUGCCAGCUGAAGAAGUCUGAGCUGAGCAGGAAACAUCUGGAGAUCUCCAACAAGAAGCUGCUGGGCUUCGCACAGAACGUCCACAAAGUGCUGACAACGCCCAGCCUGUUUGGAGGAGAAGGCAGUAGCAACAGAUCCUCUUCAGCCACCGACAGCCCUGACACCCCUUCACCACUUCCUGAUCCUGCCUUCCAACUGGCUGCGGAGGCCAAAGAGCUGGUGUCGGGAGGCUGCGCCCCCACUGCUGAUGACCAGGCAUCAGAGAGUGUGCUGGAGGCAGGACCAGUCCCAGAUGUCAGCCCUCAGCAUGUGUGAGCAACAAAGAGCCAGAGAGGCGCCUGGGAGGACGAGGGCAGGCUGGAGAGGCCGGGGUGAGCAGCUGAACCCGCGACGGACCACACCACAGUCGACAGACAGGACACCAUUCUCAAAAUAACAGCAUCACCACAAUGAAUUCAAACCAUCAGCGACAGAUCGAACACAGCCAACGUUUUAAUGCCAAAGCUUGCUUGCACACGUCAAAUUAGCGCGUUCCCUCCGAGAUCUCGGACAGUCUUCACAGAAGGGUUCAGCCGGGGGAUGAUUUGGACUCAGCCGUGGCCCGAGGACUCUCUGCCAUUCGACCGUAACAUAUGUACAGAAGUCUCUAUGAGAAGUGUUCUGCCAAAUAAAAAAAGUCUGCUGGAAUUCUCUUUCGUGUUACUCUGACAGCAGCUGGCGUUGGAGGAGCUGCAUGACCGAGUCAACAAUACACACAUGUUGCUAUAAACCUUGUUAAUACUGACCCAUAACACCCUGACUUCCCCCUCACACACACAUAGAAUCACUCCAUGGAUUGCAUGUACCGGAGGACUUAUUUGCCUAUAAAGGACAAUCCAGAGCUGGUCUGUUCGUCCUCUGUGUCAUGAUAACUCGCUUGCAUCUGCCUCAGUCGCACUCCGUCACCUGUUUGCUCUGCCACAGAGGAACUAUUGAGCAAUAAGUAGAAAAAAAAAAAAAAAGCAACAUUUUCCCUUCUUCCAUCUUGCUUACUCUCCAUGUGCCCUAUUCGUUAAUAAAAGGCAAAGAGCGAUGUAUUCAGAGACGUUGGACUCGAGCAGUGUUUGUCAUCUGUGGCUUCCAUACCACUGCAUGUUCAUGUCGAUGCGUCUCCUACAUCCAGGAGUGGCUUUAAUGUUGCUGUAGCUCCAGCUGUGUACACUUGUGUUUGGUAGUCACAGAGCCUAGGCAGACAUCUGUCAUAGGCUACAUGUGGAACAGUCAUUUUAUUUCUACAGAGAGCUGCAGAAGCUUUUAAACAUACUGACACCUCCUGUACUUCAACCAGACUGCAUCUUUGGCGUGGCCUCAUAUCUUUCUGUUACUGUUUUAUAUUAAAGAAACAAUAACUGAUGACUCGA